AUGGCCUUACCAAAGCAAACACAUAUGUUUACUGGGAGUUAUUUAAGGGAAUUUCUUACCGAAUCUACAACAAGUGAAGAGGUUCUCGACUCAUUGAUAACCACAGAGAGACCUCGAAUGGAAGUGACCCUCAGUCGACCAGGUCAUGCCCCUGAUUACGUCACUCAGAUGGUGGCAGUACUACUGAAAGCAUCACGUAGUAGGGAUGUGGCUGGGGUUAUAGACCUGCUCAGUGUCCUUGUCGGCUCGAAUUUCUUCAUGCAGCAACUGGUUGCGACGUCCUCAGCCUUGACAAACAACAAUGAUGAAUAUAAAGUUCUUGGAUUCAUUCUCGAUGUAGUUGAAGUACUACAACAAAUAUCAAUGCGUCUUCCAAGCUCAUUUACAAAUGCAUUUGGCCUGAUACUUAUUCUACAGAAAAAUGCUGAAGAUAUGCUCCUGACGGCUACUGGAGAGCAUAGGAUAAGUUUAGUCAACUUGUCGGAAACAUUAGCAGAUAUGCGAGACAGUGUCAUGAAGAGAAUGGUGUCUCACUCUAGUGAUAAUCCGCGACUACCUUUUGAGAAACAAGCCCCACCAGACGACUUCCGUAAUAUACCGAUAUUGCCUAGAGUCUCCGACAUCUUCUUGGGAUCCAGAGGGGCAUUUCUUCGUGCAAACAAGGCGCGAGGUGGCUACGACAAUCUACAUCACUACCUGGAUGUCCAGUUCCGCCUUUACCGAGAGGACUGCAUUAGUCCCCUACGUGAGGGUAUUACUCAGUAUGUUCAGGAGGUUAGCGUCGGCCACAGCGUUCGGCGACUGCAGGACGGACGGCUGUAUAAAAACGUCUCCAUUCAAUAUAGUGGAUAUGACGUUGAAGGACACAUUUACAAGGUCACACUUGAUCCUGGACACUCACAGAAAAUUAAAUGGAAAUCUAGCCGUAGAUUGUUGUAUGGUUCAUUAAUCUGUCUGUCGGCCGACAGUUUUCAUACCAUGUAUUUUGCAGUUGUUACAGAAUCAGACAGGGAUGUCCUUAUGAAUGAGCAUAGCUUCAAAAUAACUUUCCCGACGGAAGUAGGCAUGAUGAGGUUACCUUUGAAUGUUCAAUUUACAAUGGUGGAAUCUACCGCUUACUUUGAAGCCUACAGACAUGUGCUGAUUGGCCUUCAGAGGCUUGAGGAAGGGGAAUUGCCUUUUGAAAAGUAUAUUGUCAGCUGCAAGAAAGACGUCGACCGACCGCUAUAUCUGAGCGAUAAGAAGGCUUUUUAUGACCUGAGGCCAAUAGUUCUGAACAAGAAGAUACUCAGAAGUCAGUCGCACAGCCGUCGACCACUUCACGUAGAUUUAAACGGUCCUGCUAGUCUUUGGCCAUCAGCUGAACAGCUUCACCUUGAUCAGUCACAGUUUGAAGCUUUCUAUGCUGCUCUUACACAAGAAUUUGUCUUAAUACAGGGCCCACCGGGUACUGGCAAAACGCAUGUCGGCCUCCAGAUCGCCAAAACUCUUCUUCAUAACAAGGAUGUUUGGAAAGGAAAUAAUUCAAGACGCCAUAAUACACCUGGAAAGACGUCAUUGGAAACUAAGCAUCAACUACUGAUUGUCUGCUACACUAAUCAUGCCUUGGACCAAUUUAUGGAAGGCAUCAUUCAAUUUCUUGACGAUCAUAACAAGCUGGAAUGGCGUCAGGAGAUUGUGAGGGUUGGUGGAAGAUCCGACAACGACGCUAUGCAAGAAUUCUCUUUGAAAACGCGCCGUUAUAGUCACCAUCGCUCUGCAAAUGCCAGGCAAGAACAAGGUCAGAAACUUCAACAACUUUACGAAUCCAUUAAAACGCAUAAUGAAGACAUAUCUUUUAUAAAAUAUGUUCUUUGCCAUCUUAAGGAUACAAUCCUAGAUGUUCGCUUAUUACUCCCAUUCAUUACAAGACAGGAUGCAAAUUACUUUGUUGAGAACAAAGAACUAUUGCAAGAGAGGCUAUAUAGUUGGCUGGAAGCAGAUAAAGACACUUGGCUCAAGAAAUCCAGAAAAGCAUACAAAAAUACCUCCGAAAUGAAAAGGGUUCAAAAGAGGAAAGAAGAAAUAACCCCUGCAGAAGAAGAAAAUGAAGACCAGCAAGAGGACGAUGAAGCAAAGAAAGUAGAAAAUGACAGAAAGAUCGAAGAUGACGUGUUUUAUGUGCAGUUCCAUGGCCAUAUUGGUCUUGAUGUGAAUAAACAAAUGACUGAUGUUUGCAAGAGCAUAGAUGCAAAUCCAAACCUUGACAAAUAUUUUCAAUCAUUAGUACAGAAUGAAGCAAAAGCAACAUUGGCCAGACUGGAAGUCAAUGACAUGAUAGACUACAGAGACACUCAGCAAAGUAUAAAGAAGCUCAGAAUUGAACAACGUUGGCAACUAUAUAGGUACUGGGUUGACUUGUAUAAACAACACCAGAACCAGCGGUUGCGGGAACUAGAAAAGGAGUACUUUCAAACAAUCAGAGCCUAUGAAAAAGAGAAAAAAGAAGUAGAUGCAGAAAUCUUAAACGAAUCUACAGUGAUAGGUAUGACAACAACUGGGGCAGCAAAAUACCAGGAUGUCCUCAAGGAAAUAGGGCCUCGAAUAGUAAUUGUAGAGGAGGCUGCUGAAGUGUUGGAAGCCCACAUUGUUACCGCCCUCAGUCCACGAUGUGAACACCUCAUCCUCAUAGGAGACCAUAAGCAGCUGGAGCCAAAGCCGUCAGUAAUGCAGCUGGCUCUGAAGUACAACUUAUCACUGUCAAUGUUUGAACGGAUGUUGAACAACGGCAUGCAAAACCACUGUUUACAACGGCAACACAGGAUGCGACCGGAAAUUUCUAUACUUGUCCGGGACAUAUAUCAUGUUCUGGAUGACAACGAAAACGUUUUUGAGUACGAACAUAUCAUGGGUGUGCGAAAAGAUGUUUUUUUCAUCAAUCACAACCAUUCUGAGGAUUAUGCAGACGAUAUCCGGAGCUAUUCGAACAAGCAUGAGGCACGAUAUGUCGCUAAUCUAUGUAGGUAUUUGCUGAAGCAGGGAUACAAGGGCACUCAAAUCACAGUGCUUGCCGCGUACACUGGGCAGAUGUUCUGUAUUCGUAAUUGUAUGCCAAUACAGGAAUUCAAAGGCGUCCGAACAGUUGCUGUAGACAACUUCCAGGGAGAAGAAAAUGACAUUAUCCUCUUGUCAAUUGUCCGUAGCAAUAAAGAAGAAAAGAUUGGGUUUCUCUCGAGGGAAAAUAGGAUCUGUGUUGCUCUGUCCCGUGCUAAGAAAGGCUUAUAUGUGAUUGGAAAUUUUGAUCUGUUCAAAUCCAGAAAUUCACGAUGGGCUGAUAUUGUACAGAAAGUAAACAAGGCAGGACAAUUUGGAAAAUCGUUGCCACUUUACUGUCAAAACCAUCCACAUGCUGAUGGUAUACAAGCAGAAGAUGAUUCUGAUUUCCUGAAAUCGCGAGACGGGGGGUGCGAAUUGAAAUGUGACUUCCGGUUAUCCUGCGGUCACGCUUGCAGGCUCUACUGUCACCCAAUAGACAGAGCGCAUACCGAGUACGUCUGCAAACGGCUAUGUAAAAAGAAAUGUGAAAAUGACCACAUUUGCGAAAGACAAUGCCAUUUUGACGCUGACUGUGAUUGUCCAGUGGUAAUGAAAAAAGAACUACCUUGUGGACAUGAAGCAGAUAUGAAAUGUUGUCAGUCAAUUCAGACAUUUAGGUGUAGCAUCAUUGUAGACCGUGAGCUUGAAUGUGGCCAUGUUGUGAAACUUCCGUGUCAUAUCGACAAGGCAACCCACAGAUGUAAAAUAACAGUGACUCGAACCCUAGACCCUUGCUCACAUGAAGCACAAAUGCAAUGUUGGGAAAAUCCAAAAAAUCAGAAAUGUUUGCUAAUGGUAGAACGGACACUUGAGUCGUGUGGACACAAAGCCGAGAUGGAAUGUUCUUUUGAUGUGAUGUUGUACAAAUGUAAGAUAAAGGUUCACCGAACAUUACCGAGCUGUGGUCAUGAUACGGAGAUGAAGUGUUGGAAGGAGCCUCAAAGUGUUAGCUGUGUUAAAUAUUUAUCGAAAACACGCGAUGAAUGUGGUCACAAAUAUGACGUUCUUUGCGGCCUAUUCAACAGUUCAUACGAGCGUCUUCAUCCAUGCAAAGAAGCUGUCACGAAAUCAUGGGCAUGUUCACAUACUAAGGUAAUUAAAUGUCAUGAGUCUAAAACCGCAAGAUGCCAAGAGAAAUGCUUGAAAAGUUGCGAUCAAAACCACACAUGCCAAAAGAAAUGUCACUUCCCUUCGAGCUGUGACUGUGAUGUAGAAAUGAGAAAACUCAUACCUUCAUGUGGCCAUAUGCAGGAGAUUCCUUGUUACAAAGAUCCCGGAAGUGUAGACUGCCAGACGAUGGUCAUGAAACACUUGACAACUUGUAAUCAUGAAAUGGAAAUGAAAUGUUCAGCCGAUCCGUCGUCUUCCCGAUACACAUCAGCCUGUAAAGUUCUAGUUACGAAGGAAGUCCCAAAAUGUCAUCACAAACAAAAAAUGCAAUGUUCCGAGUCAUCUGCAUUGUAUCGAUGUAAGGAGAUCGUAAGCAAACCUCAUCCAAGAUGUGGACAUACUAUCCAAACUGAAUGUUACGCGACUCCUAGUUAUUUUGCAAGAUGUGAUACCAUCGUCAGCAAGCCUUUAAUUUGUGGCCAUAACCGGGACAUGAAGUGUUCCGAUACACGCCUUAACAAUACUAGGUAUAGUAUAUUCAGAAGGGAUAAACCCUCAGCUGAUUAUGAAUGCAAUGAGGACGUUGAUUACGUGCUACCAAAGUGCGGGCAUACAGUAACUAUCCCUUGUUAUAUCAAGACAGACCUGGAAGAAGAGAAAAUAAGAAGUACUAUUUUCAGACUUCCUGCGUGCAAAACCCUUGUGUCGAAAACAUUUUUGUGUGGCCACACCACUACAGUUGAAUGUCAUUUGUUGGCGAAGCAAACUUGUUCCUCGCGCUGUUCAAAAAUAAUGGCAUGUGGUCAUAUCUGUCAAAGAAAAUGCAUACAGUGUUUCGGAACUCCGAUUCAUGGUGAUUGUGAAGAACCGUGUGGAAAACGUCAAAUUUGUGGACAUAAUUGCACAAGUAACAAAUGUGGGUCAUGUAAACCUUGCUACAAAAAGUGUGCAAACUUCUGUCCUCAUCGCCAUUGUCAUCAUCCGUGUAGUCGUGAAUGCACACCGUGUAUGGAAAUGUGUCCUCUACAGUGUCCGCAUCGUAGCUGCUCCCGUCUUUGUCAUGAGGAAUGCGAAAGACCUCCCUGUGAUCAGCCAUGUCCACUACUGCUGAAAUGUAAACACCCGUGUAUGGGAUACUGCGGUGAUCCUUGUCCGAGUCUCUGCCUCGUCUGUAAUCCAGACAGAUUUCAGCAAUUUAGCGACGAAUUGAUUUCUGAAGAAGACAUCCGUAUUGUGCGGCUUGAAGACUGUGGUCAUGAACAUAGUGCCAAGUAUUUGGACACACUGUUCGCUAGAAAAACAACUGUCUUUACUCUGCUGUGCUGCCCAGAAUGCGAAAAAGUGGUACGAUGGCAUUCACGCUACACAAAUCGCCUGAAGAAGCAGUGGAAGAAUCUGACGACCAUUAAGAAGGUUCUGGAUAUCGGAUCAGAAGAGUUCAACAUGGAACUUCUUUUCCCGUUGUUAUGUGGAGGAUUAGAGGAGACUCAAUCAUAUUUGCGAACAUUCAACACGUAUUUGUUUUUUCAAAAUGAACUUAAAAAUCGUAGAGACUCUCUAGAAAAGUCUGUUGAUUGGUCUAUAAUCACGGCUGAUCAGCUGACUAAGUUUCUCGAUAGUUUUCAAAACUCAGUAGCUAUUACACAUCAAAAGGUAUCCAGCGUAAAUCAGACGUUGACUAAACUGUGUGCAACAUGGCUUCUCCUCAUCGCCAACACCCGUGAAACUGAUCUUUCUUCAUCUGAUUCUGAGGACGAAAGCGACCUCCUCUUAGGCCGUUCAGAUUCGGAGGAUGAACUGCUCGAUUUUCUCAAUGUUUCUGAUGAAGAUGAUGUGCAGCAUGCACUGAAAUCUGUACAGCGAGAAAAAGAAAAGAAAAAAUUAAGUACGGAAACAAAAACAAGAAAAACUUUGCAUGAUGUUGAUGACAUCAUCGGAAAAUCACAAAUGUUGUCUUUAACAGAGCUGAGAACAGUGCAACAAACUCUUGGGGCGCUACUGUUGGACCAGUCAGAAGUCAACCAGGUCAUGACCUUUCCUACACUCCGCAUUAUUGGUGUUCAUCCAAACGAGUGGUUUAUAUGCCUUAAAGGUCACGUGGAACCCGCUGCCUCCCCAGACGAAAAGUGCCUGGAAUGUGAAUCAGGGAUUCCUUUGGCAGUUACUUAUAGAACAUUUUUGGACAAAUGGCGAGUCAAUUUUGAGAAGAAACAAGCUGUGGGUAAAAAAGGGCCGGACUCAAAACGAAAUGGGCGUGAAAAAAAAGGCAGAAAAGGAAGUGGUUUUGAAAGGGGUACUGGGUUUGGAUCUGAAAUAGGUGGACGCAAUUCCGGAAAAGGUCGAAACAAUGCCGAAGAAGUAAUGUUCUCACCGGAACCGACUUAUACCGCUACUGACAAGAGAAAUGUUAACCAAAGAGAGAGUGGAGAGGGCGUUGUAGGUCGAAGAGCAGAUACAGGUUCUUUUAGGUGGCAGAUGCAAAAUACCAGAGGACGAGAAGGGUAUAGAGAGGAUGGAAUCUUAAGUGAACGGCAGAACAGGGAGAAUAUAGUAGGAUAUAGAGAGAGUGAAGGUGGUGAUACAAGACGGAAAUUCGGAAGAGAAUGGGAAGAAAAAGGAAGGACAGGCGAUGGGUCGAUUGACAGACAGGGUGAAAAAGGGAGAGAACACCGUAGAGGAGGUAGAGAUAAUAGCUGCAGACGAACAGAUAGCGAUAGUGAUAGAGGUGAUAGUGGAAGAGGUAGAGGUGAUAGAGGUUGGGGAAGAGGUGAUCGUGGAAGAGGUGGAGGUGAUAGAGGUUGGGGAAGAGGUGGAGGUGAUAGAGGUUGGGGAAGAGGUGAUCGUGGAAGAGGUGGGGGUGAUAGAGGUUGGGGAAGAGGUGGAGGUGAUAGAGGUCGGGGAAGAGGUGGAGGUGAUAGAGGUGAUCGUGGAAGCAGUAGAGCUGAUAGCAGCAGAGAAAGAGGAGAUGGCGGUAGAGGAAGAGGAGAUGGUAGUAGAGGUAGAGGAGAUCGUGGAAGAGGUGGUAGGCGCAGAGGAAGAAGGGAACGGUAG